AUGACUUUUUGCAACACUUGCCAAAACGUCACCUUUGAUCCGGUAGGUGAAAAUCUGCUUAGGCUCGAAGCAGUGCUGCACUCGGAUUUCUCUUCACUGGAACGCUUGGCGAAAGCGCGAGCCUGUAGCCUGUGCCUUGCCAUUUACCGCAUGAUUAAGCUUAGCGGACAAGGUGUUUUGGAUGCGAAUCGGAAAAUCUCCCUCGCACUUCAGUAUGCGGAUAAAGCCGAAGACUCGGACGACUUCUUCUUCAUCGACGAUGAGAUCGGGUUGGAUCAUGGCGAUUCUCCCCCAUUUCUUCUGAUUGACUUCCUGGAAAUGGGCCUCUAUUUCCAGCUCCGGAAUCCGAAUACCAUUUCCAGGUCUUCAUUGCUCCAUGGCGAAGCAGAAACGAUAGCCCCAACGGACAACCAUGGGCACGGCGAUCCGGCACUCGAGGUUGGAUGCAGUGACGCUUCUACUGGAAGCGAUGCUAGCAUGGCGUUGAUGAGAUCAUGGAUCAAAAUGUGCGAAACAGACCAUCGGAUCUGCGGUAAGAAGGCUUCCGACUCAUCUUUCAUCUACCCAAAACGCCUUCUUGAUGUGUCCAAGGUCGAGGGGCAAUCUAGCCUAGUUUUUCUAGUCUUGUCAAGCCAAAGCAAUCUGCACAACGCGAGACCGCCCUAUGCGACUCUCAGUCAUCGUUGGAAGCCUGGCCACAACUGCUGUACGCAUUCCUCGACCGAACAGAAAUACGUCCAGGACGGUAUCCCGGCUGGUACGCUCACCAAGACAUUUCGAGAAGCCGCGAUCACGACCCAGAAACUUGGCCUGAGGUACCUCUGGAUUGACUCGCUUUGCAUCGUUCAAGAUCUUGAUAAUGAUAAAGCACAUGAGAUACCUAAGAUGGCCGACUAUUACCAAAAUGCAGAUGUCAACAUCGCAGAAGCAACCGAAAGCACCGACGCCGGGCUCUUUUCCGAGCGUGAUGGUGAGGCUAAUCGACCCUUCCGUCUUCCCGUCACCAUAAAUACACCUGACCUUCCAAUCAAAAGACGAAAAGUGGUUUUGGAGUUGUCUCCGAUUUUGCGAGCGCCUGUUUCACAUCUUGACAGUCGAGGGUGGAUCCUACAGGAGAGGAUAUUCCCAAGAAGGACGUUCUUUUUCGACCCAUACUGGGUUUCUUUCGAAUGCGCGACGAUGAGUGCCUCUGAGAGCUGCCCCCGAGGUGUUACGAAAGACUCAGGGACAAGCUCCAGCCAGCUCGAGACCGACAUAGCAACGAUUGUCUCUAGAGAUGCUUCAUUGAGCACCAUGGGAGGGCUUCUCCGAGCCCGAUACAAGGAAGUCUCUGAUGGCCGCAAGUUGGAUGAGGUAGAACGUGCCGAUAUUUUUCGUCUGUGGUUCACUGUUCUCACCGAAUACUGUUCCCGAGACCUUACAAUGGAGACUGAUCGACUUCACGCAAUAUCUGCAUUGGCAGUGAGACUGUCACAGAUCCUCGACGAUGAAACCAGCAGAAGACGAUUUGGCUUUUUCGAGGCCAUGUCCAUCAUACCACGCGUCCAAGUACGAGGCCUCACAUCGAAUACUCUCGGGCCGAGUCAGUCAGGCAACGUUUCCAACGUUAAACUUACCCUCUCUGGUGGUUUACUUCCCGGAUAUGUGUAUCUGAGAGGUAAAGAAGAUGACUACGUGAAUAAAGUCACCGUGACUGAAGGUUUGAGGAGCCGGCCAAAAAGCCGGCAGAGACGACACCUGUUUGAUGACACGGACGAAUGGCGGAUGCAUAUUUGUGCUGAGAGCUCAGGUCAACGCGACCGCGUCACUGUACAGGUUUUCCCAGAUGAAGCCAACAGUAUCACCCAAGGCGACUUUUACCUGCUCCCCCUUGCUGAAACCACUGGUUCUGGAGACUGGGUGCCGGGCAAAAUGCCACCCAAGCUUGAAGACGGGCAUCUUUUUGGCUUGGUUCUUAGGGAUGGCCCUGAAGGAACUUUCCAGAGGGUUGGCUGUGUAGAGACAAAGGCUGAUUUCCUCAUGGCCACAAAUGAUCGUGAUAUAGUUCUUGUCUAG